AAUGCGUCGGGUUAGGUAAUCUUUAGUCAGAUUGGGUAUACCAAUAAAUGUGAGUGGUUCAUACAUCUUGUGAAGGAGUUUAACAACAAACGCAAAUGGCAGGGGUCUUGUCAAAAUUUGAUGCAAAUUUUCACAGAUACUUUAAACUGCCAUCAUACGAAUACACUUUGACUUCAAAAGGAUCAUCCGGCAAGAAAAUUACUGAAUCUGAUCAUAAAACGUUACCGGAAAAUGUCGCGCAAAAGCCAAAAAAUGGAGACAGUGAUGGAAGGUAUACGUCACCUUAUACUGCAAUGGUCAGCAGUGAGAGAACUCUUACGAAUGAAGGAGUAAACGGAAAUAGGGAGAACAGAAAUCGAACUGACACUGCAAACAUGAGAAAGACAGAUAGCUCUAAUAUAAGCCAAAAUUCUGCAGAAACAGGAAAAAUGAGCAGCGAAAGAGAGAGCUCAAACAGAAACCCAACCGAAAACGUAACUACGAGGAAAGAUGCAAAUUGCAUAAAUAACAAAACUACUUCCAGAGAUACAAGAACAGAUAGAGGUAGCAUCGACAGAAACCAAAUUGACUCUUCAGAUACAAGAAUAAAUAGAAGUAGCUCUAUUAAAAAUCAGACUGACUCUAUUGAUGCAAGAACAGAAAGAGGUAGCGUAAACAUAAAUCAACCUGAUUCUGCAGAUACAAGAGGAAAUAGAAAUAGCUCAAACAGAAACCAGACUGAUUCCAUUGAUACAAGAAGAGCGGACAGCGAUAGAGACAGCAUAAGUAGGACAACAAGUAAUUCUGAUGAAAACAAACAAUCAUUUAGUGACAGAUUAGGAAUUGUCUUGUAUAACCCUAAGUACAGACAGUACGCAACCUCAGAAUCAAGGCUUAAAUCCUAUGAAAAUUGGCAACAAAAAAAGAAAAUUAGUGUAAAUGUACUUGUAAGUGCAGGAUUUGCUUAUACUGGGGUAGAUGAUUCUGUGAGAUGUUUUUAUUGUGGAGGGGCUCUCAGGGACUGGCCAGAUGCAGCAGACCCUUGGAGAGAACAUGCCUUAAACUUCCCGCACUGUGGACAUUUGCGUCAGUGUAAGGGUGAUGCAUACAUUAAACACGUUCGUGGUGAAGAUGACAGUGAUUGUGAAAUUGACGGCGAUGGUAAUGAUGUGAUCGAUACGGUUGAAGUUGCAAUUAAGCGUAAUAAAGAUGCUGUUAUGGCAGCCAGGGAUUUCUGCACUGACGAAAACUUAAUUAGAUGUGGAAUAAAAAAAUUGCUUCUCGAAAAAGAUACAUUUUCAGGAGUAGAUCUUGUCAAAGUAACAGAACAGAUAAAAGAAGAAAUUGAAUGUAAAGAAGAAUCGGGUAAAAUUGCACAAGCAGCCUGUUUAGAAAAUGACGAGUCGUCUGAAUCGGAGACAGAGGCUGAUAUAGUCGAAGAGAAUAGAAAGCUUAAAGACCCGGUCAUGUGCAAAAUAUGUUUUGACGCAAUGGCUUGUAUUAUAACAUUACCUUGUGGUCAUAUGGUCUGUUGUUCUCAAUGUAUUUCGGCGCUCUCGAAGUGUGCUAUAUGCCGAGCUCAAAUAAAAGGGACAGUGCGAGCUUUGAUGGCUACAUAUAAAUCUAAACUAUAGUUUGUGUUAUAGUUGUGUACAUGUAAACCUUAUAAACUGAUAUUGUGUAUUAUCUUCAGUAAUUCAUAAAAUUGAUCAUAAUUCAUAAUAUGGAUUUAUAGUUUAGACAAUAUAAAAUUUCGAACGAGGAACAACUAAAUGACCCGUACUUCAUGAAGUUAUCAUGUUCCAAAGGUUUGAAAUAAAUAUGGAAAAUGCAAUAAUUCAUUUAAUUGUAGUAUGUUUCCCUUACUGUGGGGACUAGGGAUAUAUAACGAUUUUGUCUCGUCUGUCAGUUUGUUCACUUGUCACAAAAAUUUGAUUGAACUACUGCUGGAUUUUAAACAAGGCAAGAUUUGCAUGUUUUUCAGUAUAUAAAUUUUAGCGGAGUAUUGUGACAAGCAUUUAAAGGU